AUGGGGAGAGGAAAGAUUGAGAUAAAGAAGAUUGAGAAUUUGAAUAACAGACAGGUUACAUUUUCAAAGAGACGCAAUGGUUUGAUUAAGAAAGCCAAAGAGUUGUCUGUUCUUUGUGAUGCUGAGGUUGCUGUUUUGAUUUAUUCUGCCACUGGCAAACUCUAUCAAUUUUCAAGCACAAGCAUGGAGCACACCCUUUCAAGGUAUGAUAGAGGUCUUGAUUUGAAUAAAGCAGAGCAACAGCAACAUAGUGAUCUACCUGCAACACAAGUUGCGGAGCUCGAUAUUACUACUACCAUUCUGCAGGAAGAAGUAACAAAACUCCGUUUGGCUUACUUAAGAAUGAGCGGUAAAAUGCUUGAUGGAUUGGGCUUUAAAGAACUGCAACACCUCGAAAAUCAACUAUGCCAAGGGAUAUCAGCAGUCAAAAAUAAGAAGGAAGAAGUGCUUCUAGAACAAGUUAAGAGAUCCAAAUUAGAGGAGCAAAAGGCGAUGAUGGAGAAUGAAGCUCUUCGGAAACAGGUUGAAGAGAUAGAAAAGAAAAGAAAGAGAGAGUUGGUUGAAUAUCAUAGAUUGGAUCCAAAAGCAGUUAUGAAUUAUGGUUCAGAGGAUGAAGAGAUUUCAGAUACUUGCUUACAGUUAGGGUUGUCAUCAGAUUAUGGUGCCAAGAGGAAAGCAUUGAAGAGAGAACCUUGCAACGACUCAGGAAGUCAAGUGGCUUCACAGUGA